AUGUCUGUGGAGAAUGCAAAACUACAGAGGAAUUCAUUGGCUGUUCUGCUUUUGAAGAUCUAUAAGUCCAACAGAUCAUUGUUGUUGAACACGUCAUAUAUUAUAUUAAUUAUUGCUGCUUUCACAGGGGCAACUAACACCGGUAGAGGAACAUCUUCAAGAACAACUAAACUAGAUGCUGUUGAUGAACAAGCACUUAAAAAGAAACACCCAAAACUUUCUAGAGAAUCGUUUCAAAGAUUAAGAAAAGCAAUUUUGCCUUCGUUUUUAGAUAAAACAAUGGUGUACUUUCUUGCGAAUUUAUCAUUAUUGGUAGUAAGAGCAUUAUUGACUCUUCGGGUUGCAACACUUGAUGGUCAGUUGGUGGGAGCGUUGGUUUCUAGAAGAUUGAAAGUGUUUGCUAAAUAUUUAUUAUAUUGGAUGCUUCUUGGUAUUCCUGCUUCAUUGACAAAUGCCUUGUUGGACUGGACAAAACUGAACUUGAGUAAGAGUAUUAGAACCAAUUUGAAUAAUAAUAUCAUGGAAGAAUAUUUACCAGACAACUUAGAUCCAAAUUAUUACUCGUUAAUACAUUUGACGGAUAACAAGAUCAAGGACCCAAAUCAAAGAAUUACGACUGAUACUGCUCGUUUAAGUGAUGCAUUAGCUAGUUUACCGGGACACAUAUUGAAACCAACGUUGGAUAUGGUUUUGUGUGCCCAGCAAUUAAGUAAGAGUGGUGUUGGUAAUGGUGAAGGUACCUUAGCAUUGGGAAUUUUGGCCCAUUUUUCAACAAUGAUUAUUCGUUUUUUCUCACCACCAUUUGCAAAAUUGGCAGCUGAAAGAGCGAAUCUUGAAGGGAAAUUACGUGCAGCACAUUCCAAAAUUGUUGCCAAUAAUGAAGAGAUUGCAUUUUUAGGUGGUCAUGAUCGUGAAUUGGAUCACAUCGAUCAUUGUUAUUACACAUUGGAACGUUUCUCUAAAGGUGAAUAUUGGAAGAGAGCAAUCCAUGAAAUCACACAAACUUUUAUUGUGAAAUAUUUCUGGGGUGUUGCUGGUUUGGUAUUAUGUUCAGCACCCGUGUUUCUUACGAAAUACUUGGGUGAACCAGAGGACAAGAACGCUGCUGGGAACUUUAUUACAAAUAGAAGAUUAUUGAUGAGUGCUUCAGAUUCAUUAGAUCGUUUAAUUUAUUCUAGAAGAUAUUUACUACAAAUUGUGGGUCAUGCCACUAGAGUUUCUGAUUUCUUGGAUACCUUACAUGGAGUUGAACAAAGGAAGAAAAGAAUCACGUCUAAUGUUCAGUUGGAUAAUAAUGAAAUUACCUUUGAUCAUGUUCGAUUAAUGACUCCAACUGAGGUGACAUUGAUUGAAGAUUUGAACUUUUCCAUUAAGCCAGGUGAUCAUUUAUUAAUUGUUGGUCCAAAUGGUUCUGGUAAGUCGUCGUUGUUUAGAAUGUUGGGAGGAUUAUGGCCAGUUAGAUUUGGUACCAUUAGAAUUCCAAACACUGAAAAUAUGUUCUACUUGCCACAAAAGGCAUAUCUUGUGGAAGGGUCGUUUAGAGAGCAAAUCAUUUACCCACACAACUUGUGUCAGCAAAAGAAAACUGAUGAAGAAUUAAAGGAAAUUUUGAAGGUUUUGAAAUUGGAAGAUUAUUCACUGCAGUUGGAUGAAGUAAAGAAAUGGACCGAAGAGUUGUCAAUUGGUGCACAACAGAGAUUGGCUAUGGCCAGAUUAUAUUAUCAUGAACCUAAAUUUGCCGUUUUGGAUGAAUGUACAUCUGCUGUUUCACCAGAUAUGGAACAACUUAUGUAUCAACAUGCACAAGGUUUGGGUAUUACACUUUUAUCGGUCGCCCAUAGACCUGCAUUGUGGCAUUUCCAUAAGUAUUUAUUGGAAUUUGACGGUCAAGGUGGUUAUUAUUUCGGUACAUUGGAUGAAAAACAUAAAAUGAAACUUGAAGAAGAAGAAAGACUCAAGAAAGAGAAUGAAAAGAAAAGCGUCGUUAAAUAA